AUGGGGGUUCCGUUUCCAGAUAUUGAUCCAUACGAAGAACUAGGUGUGGCGAAUGAUGCCGUCCCGCCUGCAAUUAAGAAAGCAUACUAUAAAUUAUGCUUGAAGUACCAUCCGGAUAAGUUGCAAAAAGAGUCUAAGGAAACGCGAGAAAGGCACAGGGAGAAGUUUCAAAGGGUCCAGUUCAGCUAUUCGAUAUUGAAAGAUGCGAAAAAAAGAGCACGCUACGAUGCCUCAGGCAGUGUUGAGGAUAGUUGUGUUUUGGAUGAUGACUUUGACUGGAAGGAUUUUUUUAAGAGAUACACGGAGACUAAAGUGACGGAAGAGAUGAUUGAUCAGGAUAAAAAGCAGUACCAGAACUCGGCCGAGGAGAGGGAUGACGUGUUAAAUUCGAUGGAGUACUACAAGGGGCAGUUUCUGCGUUUGUUUGAGGCGAUUCCGCACUUGGAGUUCAGCAAAAAGGAAGAGGAACGAGUUUUCAAGAUAGUUGAAGGGUUGGUAGAGGGAGGAGAAUUGGAGGAGUAUCCGGCAUGGAAGAAAUACGUGGGGGACAGAAAGAAGGAGGUGCGCAAAAUGCUUCGAAAGUCGAAAAAAGAGGCCAAGGAGGCCGAAAAGCUGUUGGCAGACAUCAAAGCCAAAAAUAAGAAAAAGGAUAAUUCACAAGACACACUUUCGGCAAUGAUCAAAGCGAACCACAAGAAGAGGAAAGAUCCGUUCGAACAGCUUGUGGCAAAGUAUUCGAAGAAUAGCCGAGGCCGGGCAUCCGGGAAAAGUGAGUAUGAUAUGGAUGAUGAGGAAUUCGAGCGAAUGCAAAAGGAGAUGUUGAAGAAGUAG